GCUACGAUUUGCAUCUCAAUAUCAGUGUAAUUUCGGCUAUCAACUCGUGUACUAGCAAAAGCCGUCCAUUUUAACGCGUCUUCGUAUUAAGAGACUCAUUUUCGAUUUCAUACCAAACGUGAUUCACAUCGAACGUAUCCAAAGUAUGAAGGUCCUUGUCGUCCUGUGCGCUUUGGUAGCCUUCGCCUCCGCCGGUUAUAUACGUAGCGGUUGGUCUGGUGGCGGUUCCGGUCUAGGCGGUUGGUCUAGUGGCGGUUCCGGUCUAGGCGGUUGGGGUGGCUAUGGUGGUAGUGGCUGGGGUGGCGGCGGUUAUGGUGGAUAUGGUGGUGGCAGCGGUUGGUCUGGCGGUUAUUCAUCACCCAAAGUGAUCAAAGUAAUUACGGUGGGCAGCAGCGGCGGUUAUGGCGGUUAUGGUGGUGGCGGCUACGGUGGAGGCGGUUGGAGCGGUGGUUAUGGUGGUGGCAGUGGCUGGCGCGGCGGCAGUGGUUGGAGCAGCGGUGGCGGUUGGUGCUACGAUUGCAUGCGUGCAUUCGUAGUUGUUUUGCUGUUGAGCUUGAUAGCUUUAGCUGUAGCGGGUGGUGGUGGCUGGCAAGGUGGUGGCGGCGGUAGCGGCGGUGGUGGUGGCUAUGGAGGAAAGAGCGGUGGCGGUGGAGGCUGGCAACGCGGUGGAGGCGGGGGUGGAUACGGUGGCAAGAGUGGUGGAGGCGGUGGCGACUGGCAAGGAGGUGGGGGCGGUGGAUAUGGUGGAAAGAGUGGUGGAGGCGGUGGCGGCUGGCAAAGCGGUGGUGGCGGUGGAUAUGGUGGAAAGAGUGGUGGAGGCGGUGGCGGCUGGCAAGGUGGUGGUGGCGGUGGAUAUGGUGGAAAGAGUGGUGGAGGCGGCGGCGGCUGGCAAAGCGGUGGUGGGGGUGGCGGACGUGGUGGCGGUGGCGGACAUGGUGGUGGUGGCUAUGGCGGCGGCGGUAAAGGUGGUUAUGGUGGUGGCGGUAAACAGUGGUAAACCAAAUGUUCGACUGGAUUUGUUUAUUUGAUCAAAGAGCUGUGUCCAUUCACCGAACCAUCACGCUUACUGAGGAAAAAACCAACAGAAAGCGCAUAAAACUCAAUUAUUUGUAAACCAAAUGUUUUCGUCUUAUGCACAUAAAUAACUUGCCGAUUUAUAUGUUUUUUAAUAAAGGAAAAAUAGAUAUUGAAAAGACA